AUGCUACACGCGUCCGUAGCAUCGCUAGCUCCAUCGACAAACAAUGAUCAUUUUGAUGUCCCAAUCAUUGAUGAUGACGAGCCGCUCGUCGAUGUCGUCCAGAAGUUGCAUAGUUUCAUGACCUCGUCCAUAUCAGAGGUGUGGUAUAAAUUUGAAGAGAUAAAACUGACCCCGGAUCCGCGUCUCAGAGCACUAGUCAAUUCAUUGGCAGAAGACUCACAUAAUCCCCGCAUAAUAGCCGCCUUGAUGAUUCUCAAGUGGAAGUUUGGCAAGGCUGCUGAGCACGACGAUGGCCAGAACGACACGAGGGGGUAUGCGUGCGAAUAUGUUGCCUGGCAGUUUUCCUGCCAUCUCAACCAGCGUGAAUUAAUCGAGUUUUUACUCGAGGAGUUGCGACCACAGACUCACCAUUCGAACAGUCUUGACCGUGCGGAGGCUGGCGUACCCAGUUUUGCUGCUUUCAUGGCCGAGGGUAACUCACCGAAUGAUGAAAAUACUCCCUUAUUAUCUGCAUCUACUUCUCGAUCUCAGGCAUUUGAGAUUAAUAAACGACAUGGGGGCUUCUUUGGAAGUGGACACCCCGAGUUUGACAGUUACUUCAGUGAUGCGGAUGGUGACGAACUUUCCAUAUUUCUUGGCCUGAAUGCGCUCGAAAUCGCUACAAUUGCUCAUGCGAAGAAAUUCCUUAGCCAAAUGGUAGUACAAAAAGUGGUAAAUGACAUUUGGAACGGGGAGAUCGUCUUUUGGAACUCACUGAGUGUGCAUUCGACCAAGAAACCGCAGCGCUUCAACAAAAGGACAGCGGACCCCUAUUCUCGCCUCCGGGUGCCGGUAUACAGGAAGGCUUUCGAAGCCCUCUUCUUUGUAUCCUUUCUUUUCCUCUAUUAUGCGGUCUUGAUUGAGAGGAACCCUAGAAGAGUUGGGAACUUCGAAGCCGUGCUGUAUGUCUGGAUUGCAGCUUUUGCUUAUGACGAGCUGAGCAGCCUCGUCGACUCUGGCAUGCUCUUCUAUCAGAUGACCUUCUGGAAUCUUUGGGACUUGUGUAUCAUCGGGACUGGACUUGCGUUUGUCGUUACGAGAAUUAUUGGCUUAGGAGAGAAAGACGGGUAUAUCACGGACCUGUCAUUUGAUAUACUCUCGCUCGAGGCACUGUUUCUGGUUCCAAGGAUCUUCUCCCUCGUCAGCUUGAACCAGUAUUUUGGAAGCCUCAUUCCUGUCCUCAAGGAAAUGACCAAAGCCUUCCUUCGAUUCAUUCCCGUGAUCAUCAUUCUGUACCUGGGGUUCCUGACGACUUUCACAAUGCUUGCCCGUGACCGACUUUCGACCAAGCGAAUGUCCUGGAUUCUGGUCUAUGUGUUCUUCGGAUCUAACUACCUGGGUUUUGACAUUUGUUACGAUGUGAGUGCUGCGGUUAGCAAGCCGUCGGCUUUCGGGUAUCUCCCCGGUCUUUGGAUGUGGGUUGAUGUAAGUUCUCCAAAAAAUGCAGACGCUGCGCCACAGGACGCCCCAAACGAACCCCCCUCGCAUAGAGUUUUCGUCACGUUUUUGGUCUUUCAUGCGGUCUAUGAUUUGAAUCUGAGUUUUCUGAUACACAUUUUUGGCGCUGAGGCCAUGGCGGAGCAAUUCUGA